AUGCACACAGCUUCAAUGGCUGAGCUGUAUCCUUCUCUGGCGCAAUGCGCCAUCGUCGCGACGGCGUUCAAGAUCCUCCUCUUCCCCGCUUACAAAUCUACCGAUUUCGAAGUGCAUCGCAAUUGGCUCGCCAUUACGCAUUCGCUGCCGGUUAAGGAGUGGUAUUACGAGAAAACCUCGGAAUGGACGUUGGAUUACCCGCCAUUUUUCGCGGCAUUCGAGUGGCUUCUGUCGCAAGCCGCGCGUUAUGCAGACCCGGCCAUGUUGGUUGUAAGCAACCUCAACUAUGAUUCUUGGCAGACGGUCUACUUCCAAAGAGCGACGGUUAUUCUCACGGAGCUUGCUCUGGUAUAUGCGCUGAACAAGUUCGUCAAGUCCGUGCCUCAACCGAACACGCACCUUGCCCAUAUCGCUAGCCUCUCGAUUCUGCUGUCCCCCGGACUCCUGAUCAUCGAUCACAUUCAUUUCCAAUACAACGGAUUUUUAUAUGGCAUUCUGAUACUGUCGAUCAUCCUGGCCCGCAAGCAGUCUACCCUACUCUACAGUGGCAUCACAUUUGCGAUCCUACUAUGUCUGAAACACAUCUAUCUCUAUCUUGCGCUGGCAUGGUUUGUAUAUCUGUUGCGGGCUUACUGUCUCGAUCCUAAAUCUGUCCUCCGACCCCGGUUUGGGAACACAUUUAAGCUUGGACUCUGUGUGUUGGGUGUGUUGGGUCUGGCUUUCGGGCCAUUUGCUCAGUGGAAUCAGCUACUCCAGCUGAAGGACAGGCUCUUUCCAUUUUCCAGGGGCUUAUGCCAUGCCUAUUGGGCGCCGAAUAUCUGGGCUAUGUACUCGUUCACGGACCGUGCUUUGAUUCCACUCGCACCACGCUUGGGCCUUCCCGUUAACGAGGCUGCGCUUACCAGUGUCACACGUGGAUUAGUUGGCGACACUUCGUUUGCCAUCCUUCCGGAGGUCACCAAGGAGCGCACGUUUGCGUUGACUUUUAUCUUCCAGGUGCUUCCGUUGAUUAAGCUAUGGUUCAAUCCCAACUGGGAUACCUUUGUGGGCGCUGUCACUCUCUGCGGAUACGCCUCAUUCCUGUUCGGCUGGCACGUCCAUGAGAAGGCCGUCCUUUUAAUCAUCAUUCCGUUCAGUUUGAUCGCCCUCAAGGACCGCCGGUACUUUAGUGCUUUCCGUCCCCUUGCGGUCGCAGGACAUGUGUCGCUAUUCCCACUACUGUUUUCAGCCGCAGAAUUCCCCAUCAAAACCGUCUACACGAUCUUCUGGCUGGUGCUGUUCCUAUUUGUCUUCGACCGGGUUGCACCAGUCCCGGAAAGACCGCGGAUCUUUAUCUUCGAUCGCUUAUCCCUGCUGUAUCUGACAGUAGCCAUCCCACUGAUCGUGUACUGCUCACUGCUGCAUCAGCUGAUCUUUGGACUGGGGCGGUACGAAUUUCUGCCGCUCAUGUUCAUGAGCAGUUACUCAGCGCUGGGGGUGGUCGGUAGCUGGGUUGGAUUUAUGGUGGUCUAUUUUGCAGCAUGA